AGCAUAGCGAACUCGACGAAAUGGCGUUGUGUUGUGCCAUUUCUAACGAAGUACCAGAGCACCCUGUGGUGUCUCCUUCCUCUGGAGCCAUUUUCGAGAGGAGAAUAAUCGAAAAGUACAUUCAAGAAAAUGGCGUUGAUCCUAUUAGUGGCAAGGAACUUUCCGCAGACGAUCUCAUCGAAAUCAAAACUCCUCCGAUCGUAAAACCGAAGCCUCCGAGCGCCACCAGCAUUCCAGCUACUUUGAAACUACUGCAAGACGAAUGGGACGCCGUUAUGCUAUACAGCUUCACGCAACGCCAGCAAUUGCAAACAGCCCGACAGGAACUGAGCCACGCCCUGUACCAGCACGACGCCGCUUGCAGGGUGAUAGCCCGACUGAACAAAGAAGUUACCGCUGCAAGAGAAGCCCUGGCUACUCUCAAACCGCAAGCUGGCAUUACGACUGUGCCCCAACCCGCGGUGGCUGCUGAAGCUGCGGGUAUAGCCAACCAACCGACCGAACAAGCCGGCAUGAGCGCCGAGGUCAUCGAAAAGUUACAGGAGAAAGCUACCGUUCUAACGCAGGAGCGUAAAAAGAGAGGAAGGACUGUUCCCGAGGAGCUUACCACCCAGGAUCAACUGAGGUCUUUCCGUACAUUGUCUUCUUUAAUAGGUCUUCAUUCAGCCAGUAUUCCCGGUAUUUUGGCCCUCGACGUGCACCAAUCUGACACCAGCAAAGUUUUAACAGGAGGAAAUGACAAAAACGCUACUGUGUUUAAUAAAGAUACCGAACAAGUCGUCGCUAUACUAAAAGGCCACACCAAGAAGGUCACUAAAGUUAUCUACCAUCCCGAUGAAGAUCUCGUAUUAACCGCUUCACCCGAUGCCACGAUACGUAUUUGGAACGUGCCAACAUCACAAACGACUCUGCUUCUGAGGGCUCACGACGGGCCUGUUACCGGUCUGUCCCUUCAUCCUACAGGGGAUUACGUUCUGUCGACUUCGGAGGAUCAGCAUUGGGCGUUUUCUGAUAUCAGAACGGGUCGUUUGUUGACCAAAAUAUCGGAUAAUUCGAACGUGGCUCUUACCACGGCUCAGUUGCAUCCGGACGGUUUGAUUUUCGGCACCGGUACUGUGGAUUCCCAAGUUAAAAUCUGGGAUUUGAAAGAGCAAAGCAACGUAGCUAACUUCACAGGACAUUCGGGAGGUAUUACAACGAUUUCGUUUUCUGAAAAUGGUUACUACUUGGCAACAGCGGCUGAUGAUGCUUGCGUGAAAUUGUGGGAUUUGCGAAAGUUGAGGAAUUUCAAAACGUUGACGUUCGAUGAAGGAUAUCAGAUUAAAGAUUUGUGUUUCGAUCAAAGCGGUACAUAUUUAGCUGUGGCUGGUACGGACGUCAGGGUCUAUUUGUGCAAGCAGUGGCAAGAAUUGAAGGUUUUCAAUGACCAUACCGCAACGGCAACCGGCGUUAGAUUCGGUAAACACGCUAGAUUCAUCGCAUCUACUUCUAUGGAUAGAACUUUGAAAUUGUACGGUUUAGAGUAAAUAAUAAAUGUUCGUUUAGUUUUUAAUUUAUAUUUUAUACGUAAAUGUAUUUCAUAAAAGCCAUUGUUUGAUUAUAAAUUUGA